AAAUUCAGAUACGGAGAGAGGAAGCUCUCGGCGGCACGGCUCGCGAGCCGGGGGAAAGCCCUGGGCUGAGCUCGGCGCGGUUCGGCCCAGUCCAGGUGUGGCCGGCCACGCCCCCACGUCAGGCAGCUGGUAGGAGUGAAUCAGACGAAUGGGAAAUCUACAGCAGCAGGGAGGGGGAAAGGGCCGAGCCGCCGGCCGCGUUAACAUAGACUGAAAGUGCUGCGGUGACACUCGGCCCUCCAGUGUUGCGGAGAGGCAGAGCAGCGCGGCACCUGUCCGCGCCGGGAGCUGGGACGCGGGCGCCAGCGGCCGGAGCAGAGCGGGCGCCGCCGCGGUGCGCGCCGGCCUCAACCCGGAGGGGACGCGGAGGACACGCGGACUGCGUAGGGAUGAGCGACACUUGUCUCCGAUGUUGGAUAUUUGCUUGGAAAAACGUGUGGGUACGACCUUGCCAGGGAUUGAUUUUUAAAACCUUGCUUUUCCAAGGCAUUUGUCUUUAUACAGCUUUUGGCUCUUACUCAACUGUCCAGGCUGCCCCCAAGUGUAGCUCCAGUGCUGUGAAGUUUCCAGGGUUGGCAGAGGGGACCAUGAAAAUGGACAUGGAGGACACGGAUAUGACUCUUUGGACAGAGGCUGAGUUUGAGGAGAAGUGUACAUACAUUGUCAACGACCACCCCUGGGAUUCUGGUGCCGAUGGAGGGACUUCGGUUCAGGCAGAGGCAUCCUUACCAAGGAAUCUGCUUUUCAAAUAUGCCACCAACAGCAAAGAGGUUAUUGGGGUGGUGAGUAAAGAAUACAUACCAAAGGGAACACGUUUUGGACCUCUAAUAGGUGAAAUCUACACCAAUGAUACAGUUCCCAAGAACGCCAACAGGCAAUAUUUUUGGCGGAUCUAUUGCGGAGGGGAGCUUCACCACUUCAUCGACGGCUUUAAUGAGGAGAAGAGUAACUGGCUACGUUAUGUGAAUCCAGCGCACUCGGCCCGGGAGCAGAACCUGGCUGCCUGUCAGAACGGCAUGAACAUCUAUUUCUACACCAUCAAGCCCAUCCCUGCCAACCAGGAGCUGCUUGUGUGGUAUUGCCGGGACUUUGCCGAAAGACUUCACCACCCUUAUCCCGGAGAGCUGACAAUGAUGAAUCUCACGCAAACCCAGAGCCAUCCAAAGCAGCAGAGCACUGAGAAACAUGAUCUUUGCCCAAAGAAUGGCCCAAAGAGAGAGUACAGUGUGAAAGAAAUCCUCAAGUUGGACUCCCACCCCUACAAAGGAAAGGACUUACACCGUUCCAACAUUUCACUCCUCACUUCAGAAAAGGACACGGAGGACUACAGAAAAAACAGGAGCCCCGAAAUGCCCUUCUACCCUCGGGUGGUGUACCCGAUCCGGGCCCCUCUCCCGGAAGACUUUUUGAAAGCUUCCCUGGCCUACGGGAUGGAGAGGCCGACUUACAUCACUCAGUCCCCCAUCCCGUCCUCCACGACGCCCAGCCCCUCGGCGCGCAGCAGCCCGGAUCGGAGCCUCCAGAGCGCCAGCCCUCACAGCAGCCCUGGGAACACGGUGUCGCCCCUGGCUCCCGGCUCCCAGGAGCACCGGGACUCCUACGCCUACUUGAACGCGCCCUACGGCCCCGAAGGGCUAGGCUCCUACCCGGGAUACGCGCCGCCCUCGCACCUCCAGCCAGCCUUCGUCCCCUCCUACAACGCGCACUACCCCAAGUUCCUCCUGCCCCCCUACGGCAUGCACUGCAACAGCCUGGGCGCCGUGGGCAACAUCAACGGCGGCAUCAACAACUUCGGCCUCUUCCCGAGGCUCUAUCCCGUGUACAGCAGCCUCCUGGGCGGAGGCGGCCUGCCUCCCCCGCUGCUGGCGCCGGCCUCCCUCCCCAGCUCGCUGCCCUCAGAAGGGGCGCGCCGGCUGCUGCCGGAGCAUCCCCGGGAGGUGCUGGUGCCGGCGCCGCACAGUGCCUUCUCCCUCCCCGGGGCGGCUGCCAGCCUGAAGGACAAGGCCUGCAGUCCCACCAGCGGAUCCCCGACGGCCGGCACUGCCGCCUCGGCUGAGCACGUGGUGCAGCCCAAAGCUACCUCAGCUGCCAUGGCCACGCCCGGUGGCGACGAGGCCGUGAAUCUCAUCAAGAACAAAAGGAGCAUGACCGGCUACAAGACGCUCCCCUACCCCCUGAAGAAGCAGAACGGCAAGAUUAAGUAUGAAUGCAACGUUUGCGCCAAGACUUUCGGCCAGCUCUCAAAUCUGAAGGUCCACCUCAGAGUGCACAGUGGAGAACGGCCUUUCAAAUGCCAGACUUGCAACAAGGGCUUCACCCAGCUCGCCCACCUGCAGAAACACUACCUGGUACACACGGGAGAAAAGCCACACGAAUGCCAGGUUUGCCACAAGCGAUUCAGCAGCACCAGCAAUCUCAAGACCCACUUGCGACUCCACUCGGGAGAGAAACCUUACCAGUGCAAGGUAUGUCCUGCCAAGUUCACCCAGUUUGUGCACCUGAAACUCCACAAGCGCCUCCACACCCGGGAGCGGCCCCACAAAUGUGCCCAGUGCCACAAGAGCUACAUCCAUCUCUGCAGCCUCAAGGUCCACCUGAAGGGGCACUGUCCCAUGGCCCCGGCCACCGGGCUGCCCCUGGAUGACCUGACCCGAAUCAACGAAGAGAUCGAGAAGUUCGACAUCAGCGACAAUGCGGACCGGCUGGAGGACAUGGAGGACACCGUCGACGUGGCCUCCGUGGUGGAGAAGGAAAUUCUGGCUGUGGUCAGAAAAGAGAAGGAAGAAACUGGCCUGAAAAUGUCUUUGCAAAGAAACCUGGGGAACGGACUGCUCUCAGGGUGUAGCCUUUAUGAGUCCACUGACCCGUCCCUCCUGAAGUUGCCUCCCAGCAACCCACUACCUCUGGGACCUGUGAAGGUCAAACAAGAAACAGUCGAACCAGUGGAUCCUUAAGAUUUUCAGAAAACAAAAGGUGUUUGGUUUUGUGUCUUAACUUAUGACUGGGCGAGUCAGGGUGCCUGUAGCAAAUGCUUGUAUAUAAUUCCAGUUCCACAAAGCUCUCCUGAUGGCAGGUGGGUCCCCUCACCUCUCUGGAAUUAAAGAAGGAACUCCAAAGUUACCGAAAUCUCAGGGCAUAAAUCAGGCAAAGACAAUAUAUAUACACAUUAUAUAUACUUAAUUACACCCUCAUCUAUAUAUUUGAACCUGUGUAUUUUGAGCAUUUGUGUGAAUAUGUUUGCCUAGCCUUCCCAUUGCUAAGACUAUUGCCGUAAUUAUUUUUUCAGUGAUAAUCCUUCAUAAUUUAUUAUACAAUUUAUCAUUCAAAAAGCAAUAAUUAAAAAAAGAGUUUACAAUGACUGGAAGAAUUCCUUGUAAUUUGAGCUAAAUGUUGUAUUUUUGUCUGGUGGCCAUUCUUUGUAGAUAAUUUCUGCACAUCUGUGUUAAGGACCUACGAUUUAGUCCACAAAUUCAUGGCUUCAGUCAACCUCCCUCUAUAAGAAUGGUUGGCAAAUGAGGUUUUGGUAUUGCCGGAGUUAGGCAGUUGAUGUGUUAAUUCAUAGGAUUGUGUCAUUUGAACAGCAUUGUAUAACUUGGGGGUAUGUGUGCAGAAUUACUCAGUAAUAACUUCAGUAGCAGAAAUAAGAAAGGGAAUCUUGUGUAUUUCUGUAGAUCGUUCAGAUUUUUCCCCCUAGCCACAGAUUAAUGAGAAAGGUGAGAAGAAGGUUUUGCCCAUCUGUCUCCCUCCAGAAAAAUAGGGUCACCCCACCCCCACAGUCAUGUGACCAUUCAGAGUGGCCACGAGCCUUUUGCAUCUAAUGUCUUAUCUGAAAAUGUGAAGAAGACAGUAUGCCAAGUUUAGAACCACUGCAAAAUGUUCCCAAAGCACAGGUGGUUUUGUAUGUGUGAGGUCUGGGGGCAGGAGUCUGGGUGUUUUUGUUGUUGGUCUUUUUUUGUUGUUAUGUCAAAAUUGCACAAACCUGGUGCUCUAGCAGGAAGGAUUUGAGUUAGAUAGGCUCAGGCCACACUUUAAAAACCAAAAAAGAAAAGAAAAGAAAAAAAAACAACCAGAAAACGGGUAUUCUCGUUAUCUUAGGGUCAAAGCGGGUAAUGAACAUUCCUAUCUCCAACACAUCAAUGGUAUUUUUUUUCUGUGCAACUCAGAUUUUCCUCAGUGUUCGUGUUUUUACAGUUUAUGGUUAAUUUAAUUGCAGAAGAAAGGGCAUUGCAAAGUUGUUCAACAACAAUUACCUCAUUGAGUGUGUCCAGUAGUGCAGGAAGUGAUGGCUUCUCUCAUGAUUCGCAACUCUAGACGAGAAAGCAGAGUCAGAAAGACAGAAUGUGUCCCAUUGUGUCUUCUCUGCUAAGCCCAAAGAUGACACGUUGGCAUUCAAGGUGUAGCGAAGAAUGGUGUAUAUUUAUAAAUCUAUUUAUACCAUUAUACCAUGUGUAUAUAUAAUAUAUUUAUAACCACUUAAAUUGUGAGCCAAACCAUGUAAAAGAUCCUACUUUUCCUAAUGAAAAAAAAAAAAAAAAACACCCUUUCUGAGACUUUGCUUAACUAGCACUCAACCUCACAAUCAAAUUGGUGAGCUUGGGCCCCCCCUCCUCCACUAUUGGAAGAGACCCUAAAACCUUGGUGCAGAGAUGGGGAGCACGUAACAACCAGGGAGAAAGAGAGAUACCAUUUUUUACUAUGAAGGGCAAUCUGAGAUGCCUGUAUUUUUGUUUUGCCUCAUUGUCAUGAUGUGGUUACGUCCAAGUCCCGGAAAUAAAAAUCCCAGCACCACUGCAGCUUUUCUCUCUCGUCCUCUUCCUCCUUACUAAAUAACUGGUGUAUUGCCCAUCAGUGAGGUUUAUAUAUUCAGCAUUUUGUUCCGUGGUAACUAAUAUCAACCUGCAGAAGAGAACAACAAAUUUAGGAUAAGCCAGGGAAACCCAAAAGCCUUACUGGUCUGUUCCUUUAAUGAAACUGACAGUUCUUUAUGUACCAGUGUUUGACAGACAGUCCUUAAUUGUAGGUAAACCAAAGCAUCACAGUCCAACAUUGAUACCAAAUACUUUCUAUUCCCAACAGCUCAUUUGUUCUCUUUUUCCUUUUUGUGCUUCCUCAUAUGUGGGAAUUUUUACUGAGACCUUCACAGUGGCUUGAGACUUUCUGAUUCUCUUUACCAUCUGACUUUCCCUCUGAGGCCUCUUACAUGUGAAUGUUGAGCCCACAAUCAACAGUGGUUUUAUUUUUUUUUUUCUUCUACUCAAAGUUAAAACUGACCAAAGUUAUUGGCUUUUUACUUUGCUAAAACAACAAACUAUCUUAUGUUUACGAACUGGUUUACAUUGUUAUUUAUGUGCAAAUUGUCAAAAUGUAAAUUAAAUAUAAAUAUUCAUGCUUUA